AUGAAAAUGGGAAACCAAAGUAUUGUCUCAGAAUUCCUCCUCCUGGGCCUGCCCAUUGAAGCAGAUCAACGAGACCUGUUCUAUGCCCUGUUCCUGGCCAUGUACCUUACCACCGUCCUGGGGAACCUCCUCAUCAUCGUGCUCAUUCAGCUGGACUCCCACCUCCACACGCCCAUGUAUUUUUUCCUCAGCAAUUUGUCCUUCUCUGACGUCUGCUUCUCCUCUGUCACAAUGCCCAAGUUGCUGCAGAACAUGCAGAGCCAAGUCCCACACAUCCCCUACGCAGGUUGCCUUGCCCAAAUGUACUUCUUCCUGUUUUUCUCAGACCUGGAGAGCUUCCUCCUUGUGGCCAUGGCCUAUGACCGCUAUGUGGCCAUCUGCUUCCCCCUGCACUACACCACCAUCAUGAGCCCCAAGCUCUGUCUCACCCUGGUGGCGCUGUCCUGGGUGCUGACCACCUUCCAUGCCAUGUUACACACUCUGCUCAUGGCCAGGUUGUGUUUCUGUGCAGACAACGUGAUCCCCCACUUUUUCUGUGAUAUGUCUGCUCUGUUGAAGCUGUCGUGCUCUGACACUCGGGUUAAUGAGAUGGUGAUAUUUUUCAUGGGAGGGCUCAUUCUUGUCAUCCCAUUCUUACUCAUCAUCAUGUCCUAUGCACGAAUUUUGUCCUCCAUCCUCAAGGUCCCUUCUGCUGGGAGUAUCCGCAAGGCCUUCUCCACCUGUGGCUCCCACCUCUCCAUGGUAUCUCUCUUCUAUGGGACAAUUAUUGGUCUAUACUUGUGCCCAUCAGCUAGUAAUUCUACUGUUAAGGAGACUGUCAUGGCAAUGAUGUACACUGUGGUGACGCCCAUGCUGAACCCCUUCAUCUACAGCCUGAGGAACAGAGACAUGAAGGGAGCCCUGGGAAGGGUCUUUUGUAAAAAGAUAUUUUUUUGUUAUCAAUGA